CUUAAACACACCUGGCAUGCAGGGUGGCAUACUGGCGUGGUUAGAUGUUGCAGCAGGCGGUCUGCAAUUUAUAUUUGUUUUUUUUAUAUUUACUCAGUGGGCGCAUCUGUCCAAAAUGUAAACAAGUAAGGCAUUCUUCACGGUCGGGUGAAAUUUUAUGACAACGUUACUUCACAUUUGCGCUAAUUAAGAUAACGUUAAUUUAAUUGUAACGUUAUAUCUAACUGAAAAAGAUGUUAAUAAAAUCUAGCUUGGCAGGUAAAGUGGCUAUAUCUAACAAAAUUAUGGUCCUGUCAACUUCUUACCUCAAUGUUGGCCACUUUUUCUUCUGAAAAUCUCAGGAUAAUGGAUUCCACAUAGCAAACAGAGGACGAUAAUAACUAUUGAAGCCUCCAUGAUCCGCCAUUAUUGUGGAAUUUUUGGUCUCAUUAGAUUCAAUGGAUUUGACGCAACUCUAUAUAUACGGCUCUGAUUAUUUGCAAUACUUAACAUUUAACGCCUCUUUCUGGCUUUUCUGAAUUGUCUCUGUAAAAGCGUCAUAUCAUUUGUCAUAUCGGAUGCCUAAUACGUAAUGUAUAACUUCAGACGCCUUCAUUAGAAACAGUAACCAUCGAUUUUCGAACGCCGCGGAAAGCCUUUUUGUGACGUAACAGCCAGAUGUUUUUGGCCACGCGUGUAUUUAAGUGGCGGCCUCAAUCAGAAUCUGUGACCGUGUAUUUGUCCAUUUGGUGACCAUGUUAUGACCGGGAAUUUUUCGAUACUGAUGGGAAAAUGCCAAAGACAAAUAAGGUAUGGAAUCUUAUAUUUUAUGUAGCUUCAAAGAUAAGACCACAUUAGCGCUCUUUAUUUGACGACAUAUAGUCAGAAACUUUCGGAUUUACAUGUUAAACCACAAAAGAACACAAACAGCCCUGAUAACUAGAACAGAGUACAUCACAACAAAAUGGUAAAAAAAUAAAUUGUAAAUUAAACUUCAUUCUUCACCUAGAAGUCGAUAUCAUCCCCUCACGGUGUAGAAAGAAAUGUCACUUGUCACUUGUCUUUACAUCCUGACCCCAGGAUCUAUGUUCUCAGGUAUUAAAAUUAUAGCCUGGUAUUAUGACUAUACUCAUCAUACUGAGCCAUUUUUCAAUAUGUCUAUGUUCCACAUAUGUCCAAAAUCAUACUGAAGAUAAGAGACUAGCUCUUGUCAUCAAGGUAAAAUAUAUGUAUAUACAAUCCACCAUUAGCCAAACAGAUCUGUGUCCUGUCAUGUCACACAGUACCUGAAUGUCUGCAUUCUUUCCCAGACUGUUCAGCAUGUCACAAAUCAAAGGCAAUGCAUUACUAAUUAUUAAUGCAUUAGAGGCAUUUCAGAAAUGUCCCAAUAUUGGUAAAUAACAUGACAAUGUUUUGUUGGUGUCUCCAGAUAUUUCGCUAUAAGACCAUUGCCCCCAUCAGUUUUGUGGAUGAGACCCUCUUUGAGGUCCCAAAAAAGCUCUCCCAGGACCCAUCUGAAAGGUCAGUGGUCAUCUCCCGGUUUGAGUUGGAGAGGAUCAAGAAAGCUUCUUAUGUCUGGACCUUAGAGGACAAGGAAGUGGAGCUUGAGUUGCAGCGCAGGGAGAGGGAAAUGGCCAAGAAAGCCGCAGAGGAGAGGAUCGCAAAGAUCCGGCAGGCGGACAUUCUGCGGAAGAAAAGGCAAGGCCUGAGUCGGCUGGAGGCGGAGGCCCGGGAGAUGGCCCAGUACGCGGUGGAGCGCGCCAACGAGUUCCGGAUGGAGGACGACCCGGAGAUGAAGAGCCUCAACGCUCUCAUCCUGGGCGCCAAGUGCUUCGCGGAGCGCGACGUGCAGGUGCAGGAGAGGAGGCAGAUGGUGGCGGUGGAGGAGGAGGAGGACCGCCGCUUUGACUCCGCGAUGGAGCAGGACCGCCUCAACGCCAUCAGGGCCCAGGAGGAGACAGACGCCAUGCGCAAGGAGGAGAGGCUGUGGGGUAAGAUACGUAUCCAGGAGCAGAUUGAGGAGAGAAUGGAAGAGGGACGACUGCAGGAAGAGUUGAAAGAGCAGGAGAAGCAGAAAUUGCUGGAAAACAUGGAGCAAAUUAAGAUGGACGAUCUACAGGCCCAGUUCAGGAAGAAGGAGGCUCAGAGGCGGCUGCAGCAGGAAGUACUGGAGAAAAACGAGGAAAGCCAGCGAGCGAAGGACCGUAAGAAAGAGGAGGACAGGGAGACUGAUAUCCUCCUCGUGGAGAAGGCCUGCAAGAAAAUGGAUCAGGAGGCUCUAGAGAGACAGAAGAAGAGGGGGAAGGAGAGGGAUCUGGACCAAGUGAGGGCCCUUGAGGAGAGAGAGAGGGAGAAGGCCGAACAGGAAGACCAGCGCAUGAGGAAGAACCAGGAGGCCUGGGAGAACGAGUGGAGGAGGAAGGAGAGGGAGCAGGCCAGGAAGAAGGCGGACGACAGGGAGUGGUGGAAACUGGCCCGGCAGGAGCAGACGGCGGACAAAGAGCAACAGAUGGCCGUCAAGAUCGGCCGCGAGAAGACCGACUAUGAGAGGGUGCUGAGGGCCCAGAAUGAGGACUUGGCGCGGGAGAUGGGGAGGGAGGAGAGGAGGCGCCAGCGGGCGAUGCAGUACAUGCUGGACAUGCGGCAGCAGCUGAGGGAGCGGGACACGCAGGCCGUGGACCAGCGGCGGGCCGCGUCCGAGGAGCACGAGCGCAUCCUGGAGGAGGCCAUCAGCCGCCGGGUCCGCCUCAACGAGCUCAAGGCCCGCAAGCUGAUGGAGCUCAAGGCAGCUGGGAUCCCAGAAAGAUACUGCGCCAAGGUGGAGAACAAAGUCACCAUUUGAUUUCCCGCCUCGCAACCACAGUGGUUG